CGCGAGGAGAAGAUUGUGGAGCAUUUUAAACGGUAUGGCCGGGUGGAGAGCGUCAAGGUCCUGCGCAAGCGCGGCUCCGAGGGCGGCGUGGCGGCCUUCGUAGAUUUCGUAGACCUCAAAAGCGCCCAGAAGGCGCACAAUGCCGUCAACAAAAUGGGGGACAGAGACCUUCGCACAGAUUACAAUGAGCCGGGUUCAGUUCCCAGCGCCGUGCGUGGUCUGGAGGACCCCACCCCCUCUAGCAGUCACGGAAGGGAGGUUGCAGGGUUCUCGAGGAGCGCCGUGGGGCCGGUGUACGGGCCCCCGGUGUCUCUCCACACCAGAGAGGGGCGCUAUGAACGCAGACUAGACGGCGGCUCGGACAGUCGGGAGCGAGCGUACGAUCACAGUCCGUAUGGACACCACGAGCGCAGCAGCUCCUUCGACCGGCCGCGGCACUACAACACGGAGUAUUACCGGGACCGCGCGAUGUUCACCUCCGGGGUGAGCUCAAGCCCGGCUGCCAGUGCUAUCAGCGGUGGCUUCGAUGCGCCGGAGUCACACUUCGAGUCUCGGAUUCGUGACCCUUUCACCAUCUCCAGCCCGGCUCGGCAGACUCCUAAAGCCGCCCACUCGCCCAAAAGAGCCCCUGUGUCGCCCGGCCGGGUCCCGCGGUCACGCUCGCGCAGCCCGUCUUCCAGCUCCGAUUCGGUCAGCAGCACCAGCAGCACCGGCAGCGGCAGCAGUGAUUCGAACAGCAGCUCCAGUGAAGGGUCGCGAGCGCGCUCGGUGCAGUCGACGGCCACACACGCUCCUCCGGCUCCUCCUGUGCUCGCGCUGGACUCCGACGAGCCGCGGAGGAGCUUCGGCAUCAGAGUCCAGAACCUCCCGACGCGAUCCACAGAUACGAGUUUGAAAGACGGGCUCUUUCACGAGUUUAAGAAGUACGGUAAAGUGACGUCGGUGCAGAUCCACGGCGCGUCGGAGGAGCGCUACGGCCUGGUGUUCUUCAGACAGCAGGAGGACCAGGAGAAGGCCCUCGGCGUGUCCAAGGGGAAGCUCUUCUUCGGGAUGCUGAUCGAGGUCACGGUCUGGAACGGCCCCGAGACGGAGAGCGAGAACGAGUUUCGUCCCCUGGACGGACGCAUCGAUGAGUUUCACCCGAAGGCCACUCGUACACUGUUCAUCGGAAACCUGGAGAAGACCACCAACUAUCAGCAGCUACUCGACGUCUUCCAGCGCUUCGGGGAGAUAGUGGAUAUUGAUAUCAAGAGGGUGAACGGUGUCCCUCAGUACGCAUUUGUUCAGUACUCUGAUAUCGCCAGUGUCUGUAAAGCCAUUAAGAAAAUGGACGGAGAGUAUCUCGGCGCCAACAGACUGAAGCUUGGCUUUGGGAAGAGUAUGCCAACAGCGUGUGUGUGGUUAGACGGCCUGACCUCGAACAUCACGGAACAGUACCUCACACGACACUUCUGUCGAUACGGGCCGGUGGUCAAGGUUGUGUUUGAUAGGUUAAAAGGAAUGGCUCUUAUUCUGUACAACAACACAGAUUUCGCCCAAGCAGCUGUUAGAGAAACCAAAGGAUGGAAGAUAGGCGGGAACAAAAUUAAGGUUGAUUUUGCCAGUCAGGAGAGUCAAAUGGCUUUCUAUCGAUCUAUGCAGGCAUCAGGGCAGGACAUCCGUGAUUUUUAUGAUAUUCCUUCAGAUCGGAGGGACGAACGGAGAACUCCUUAUGACUUUUCCACGGAGCGAGCGUAUUACGAGAACGUAAGGACUCCUGCCAUUUACUCCGAAGACCCCCGUCGAGAGUACCCCGGUCGCAGUCGUGAGCGCUAUGCAGAGUUAGAUUAUCAAGGAGAGCACUACGAUCCCCGCUAUCAUGAGGACCCACGGGAAUACAGAGACUAUCGAGACCCUUUUGAGGACAUCAGGAAGUACAGCUAUAUCCAGCGGGAACGUGAACGGGAGCGCGAGCGCUUUGAGGCGGAGCGAGGCCGAUGGAGCCCGUCUCAUCAGCGGCGUCCCCUGACUCCCUCUGCUUCGCCCUCACCAUCGGACCGUGUGUCACGAGACGCCGAACGGCGCGUGUUCAGGCACUCCUCUGAAAGAUCGGGAAGCUGCAGCUCGCUGUCUCCACCCCCGGGCAAGCCUCCGCAGGACGUUACUGAUAAUUCACCUCCAAGUAAGAUCAAGAAACAAGAGUCCUUCGAGAUGGAUAUGAAUGCUAAGAGAGAAAGGAUUUACCGAACGGUCCGGCAAAAGAGUGAAGACCUUGAGUGGAAUAACACAAACUCUCCAAGGUUUCAGCAUGCCCCCCAACAAAGAGAGGAAGAGUAUGCAGACCCUCAUGCUCAAAUGACUGUGAGAGAAGUUAAAGAAGCAUUGAAACCUGAGGAUAAUGCUCCGUCAGAUCAGGAGCUUGGGGGUAAACGGAUGCACGCCUCGCAGAUGUCAAAGACGAGUACGUCUCUACAAGAUGAGCAGCAAAGACGCUGGGAGAGUCGACUAAAGCAAGACUUGUUGCCAGACUUUACAAGGAGCGUUGAGAAAAGACGGCUCAAUCAGAAGUACAUGGAUUAUGGGCUUUGGCCUGAUUUGGAACCUGGUGAAGUGCGUUCUGACUCUGAAGAAGAUCGUGAAAAUAAGCCCAACUCUCCUGCUCCAUCAACGUCAGUAUCCUUCUCUGAAAGACAUCGUCCAGACAGAUUAUCAGAGUCCAAGCUGACGCCCUCUCUAGAGAGAAACAAAUUCUGUUCUUUUGCAGAUGAUCAGACAAUCACACCUGAUACUAAAGCUUUGUUAGAGCGUGCAAAGUCUUUGUCCUCAACAAGGGAAGACAACUGGUCUUUCCUCGAUUAUGAUUCGCACUUCCCCAGUUUCAGAAGUAGAAAGGACACAGAGAAGGUGGAGUCUGCACCACGACCAACUCCCUCAUGGUACAUGAAGAAGAAGAAAAUUCGAAGCGAGUCUGAUGACAAAAUUCAUGACAGGAAAGAAGAUCCAAAGCCAGAAGAACAGGAGAGGCGAGAGUUGUUUGCAUCACGUUUUUUGCACAGUUCUAUUUUUGAGCAGGAUUCAAGGCGUCUUCAGCAUCUGGAACGAAAGCAUGAGGACCCUGAGCAUGGUGUUGGAUGUCUGAACUCUCAGCAAGGCCCAGCAGAAGGGCAGCCUGACCCAGAACCAGUUGUGCUUUUCCAUAGCCGCUUUUUAGAACUAACAAGGUUGCAGCAACAGAAGAAUAAAGAACAAAGCCAUCAAGAUUCCAAGCAAGAUGAAAGCAUAGAUGCAACCAGAGUAGACAAAACACCGGAGGAAGAACAAGUACCACAGCAGCAAAAUGCUUCUGAACCUAGUAUCCAACAAGCUGAGAUCAAAUCAGUUAGUCCUGUUCAGGUCCCUCAGACUAGUCCUGUUCAAGCUCCUCAAAUAUCACCCCCUGUUUUAGCAUCCGAAGAAUCCUUGCCAACAGUGGAAGCAGAAAGUGUUGAUACUCCAACCUGUAAUUUGCUCGAUUCUGCUAUGAAGGAGGAAGAUAAAGAGCCUGAGCAGCCCACAGCUCAGCCAUUGCAGCCUUUGCUUGAGCAACCCUCAGAACCCAAUUCUUCAGAAUGCCAGGAGUUGAAGAUCACAGCGGAGGAGAUGGCAUUGAAGGCUGAUGACUCUGAAAGUGCUCAAGACACCAAUACAGUAGUUGCAGAACAGCUCCCAAGCAACGAAACACCAACCAAUAAUGCACAGCCAGAGGCUGAGCCUCCAGUGAAGUUUCCUGAAUCACCAAGUCCCCUCUCGCAUAUCCCUGCUGAGCAACAUGAAAAAGAACCUGAGCCACCUGUGGCACCUGAGGCUGAAUCUAACAAUGCAGAUGAUCAGAAAUGUGCUGAUAAUUAUCCAGUUGAAGAAGCUGUGUCACCCCCUCCAAAGUCAAGAAAUAAAAGGGCUAAAACCUCGCCUACCACACCAGUAACUACAACUCUGCCUGCUACCCCAGACAAACAAAGCACCCGCAAAAGUGAGCGCAUUGACAAAGAAAAGCUCAAACGUUCAUCUUCUCCAAGAGGAGAAGCAUUCAAGACAACACCUGAUUCAAAGUCAUUAAGUAAGUCACCUGUGCACAGCAUAGAAAUGGAACAAGGUACAGAUCAAAAUCCACACUCGGGUAGGGCAAGACGUAGAAAUGUGCGUUCUAUCUAUGCUACACCAAUUGAAGAUGAAACUGCUCUGCAACCCGGAAAAGACGCCGAAUUGCCUCGAGGUGCACGGAAGCGUGGUGUAGACAGAGAUGUAGGUUCUGAUGUAGAGGCUGUUGCUGCACCAUCAACCUCGAAACGGGGACGCCCCCCUAAGAAUCGACGCCAAGCAGAGGAUGUACCAGCGGGCAAAGUCGAACAGUCAAAAUCAACCGAGUCUAAGGAGUUGGAUGGCAGUGAGACGAGCAGUGAGGGGGUUCCCAAAGUGGGUAAAGGCAAAUUUUCACCCCCCACACAAAAAGGAGUCAGUUCAGGAAAUGCAUCAGCAUCUGGAAUCGGAAAGAAAGGAGACCAAAUUGAGAAAAUAUCGGAAAGUCCCAAACUCAUUACUGAAGAAAACCCUCCCAUUCUUAAAAACCUUAGAAUCCGUCUUGAUGUGACCGAAGUAAAGGCAAUGCUUCAGACUAGUGAAGAAGAACCUGGAACUGAUGAGUCUCCCAAAAAUAGCUCACCUGGUGUGUCCUCAAAGGAUGAGGUACUAGAAGCUCAAUUUGAAAAUGAUGCCAUGGAUGAUGCAAAUAGUGAAAACGAGACUUUGCCUGCUGCAGCAAAAGCCAUUGAACCACAUGUAGCUUCGCUGGCACGAGAGUUGGAGCUUGAGCAAGCUGUUGAGAAUAUUGCCAAGCUCACAGAAGAUGCUACUUCCCUUCCAUUUAAAAGUAACCUGACAAAAGCACAACGUUUGGCAGCUGAAGUACCAGAGCGCGAGUCAGAAGAAGAAAAGCCUGCAAAUCCGUCUAGUGAAACCGAGCUUGCUGCUGCUAUAGAUUCCAUCACAUCAGAGAACACGGAACAAAUCACAAACUCUGCUGUACAAACCGAUCCUGAUGUGCAGACUCUUAGACCCUGUUCAAAAGUAUCUGAAACCUGUGUUAGCACAGCAGUCGUUCAGGAGGAGACCGUAACCACUCCUAGAAAAGGGUGUAAAGGCAGAGCAAAAACUUCAAAGAAGGGUAAAGGCCAAAAGGGUGCUGGAAGCAAAAAGGAACCCAUCAAAGAUGUAGUUUUGGAGGCUGAAAAUAUCCCUAUGAUGUCACCGGAGUCAGUACCUGCAGAACUUCCAGCAGCCACGGAAAGAUCACCAGCAAGUACAGCUGUUGUCAUUACUUCCUCUUCCAAGCAGGGUGUAAGUUUACCAGCUCCUAAUGCAGACAUUCCAAACGAACCCGAGUCGCCUCUUAAAACUGAGAUGGAUAUCCCAAAAUCCUCUCCAGCGAUUAGCAGAAGCCCAACGUCAUCCAAAUACCAGCCUUAUUCAUACAAGAACACUUCUCCUUCACUAUCUCCAACGAGAACUUGUCUCAAGAAUGUGUCCUCAUACCCAAGCAGGCUUUCUGUUUCCCCAACGGAGCGUUGCAAUCAGCCGAAAGAAGCUGGGGUCCUCUCUCCUCCGCUGACCUCUGUAGCCCCGAUGGAGAGCCCUACAUUACCCUCAGACACCCCUGCUCAUGACGCCAACUCAGGUGAUUUGCGCAAAAUCCUCACAAAGCCUAGAACUGUUCCAGUGUUGGAAAUCUCUGCUACAUCCGGGAAUAUGCACGCUCCUCCUUUAAAGGAAAGUGGCGCUACACCAGAUGUGGUAACCAGCAAGAGUGCUCCUCAAGAUAAGAGGCAACCCCCUGUUUCAGCCCAACCUGUAGUUCGACAGCCUGCUUCUAUACCGUCCCCAGAAACUAAACAUAUCUUCAGUGAGAAGUCAGUGAUUUCAGUUAUUGCUUCCACUCCUACCUCCGUCAUCAGUCGCGUUUGCAAUCCCCCCGACUCCGAGGAGAAGCCAAAAGCUCAGAUUGGAAAUCCUUUUCUUGACAAACAACCUCCAAAACAGAUUUACCAGCCAAGCUUGGAGGAAAGCAGUACGUACCAUGGUCCAGCAGUUGGUGAGGAAGGUGGAAAUGCCGGUCGCUAUAUUGUGGAGAGUACUUCUUUGAGUACAGGUUCCAGCACAGGACUAAGAGUUCAGACGUCAGAAGGUGUGGUGGUGCUGAGUCAUUCUGGCCAGAAAAUGGAGGGGCCACUGCGCAUAAGUGCCAAAAUCAGCCAGAUCCCACCUGCCAGUGCUGUGGACAUAGAGUCACAGCAGCUGGUGUCAAUGCCCCAGAUCAAGCAGGAACUUUACAGUGCCUCCCAUCCGCCAUCUUCAAAAUGCCCACUUCCUUCAGAUCACGGACAUUCAAUAAAACCCCAACCAAAUGUCACCACGAUUAAGCAAGAAUCUGCACUGGACAAAUUAGAAUCUGCUUACGCUUCGGUUCAAAGUGGAGUUGUUAAGAUACUGCAGCAAACGCCUGGCCCAUCACAGGUCAUGAGUUACCAUCCUACAGAAUACCCAAUGGUGAUGAAGCACCCUAAGAAGGGUGAUGGGCCAGAGUCUCUCAACGUGGAGAAACCUGCUUGGGUCCCAACUAUUAGUACUGCUUUAAGUCCACAUCUUCCCUCGGCAGCAGGCAAUCAUGUUGCACAGCAGCUGGUGUCAAUGCCCCAGAUCAAGCAGGAACUUUACAGUGCCUCCCAUCCGCCAUCUUCAAAAUGCCCACUUCCUUCAGAUCACGGACAUUCAAUAAAACCCCAACCAAAUGUCACCACGAUUAAGCAAGAAUCUGCACUGGACAAAUUAGAAUCUGCUUACGCUUCGGUUCAAAGUGGAGUUGUUAAGAUACUGCAGCAAACGCCUGGCCCAUCACAGGUCAUGAGUUACCAUCCUACAGAAUACCCAAUGGUGAUGAAGCACCCUAAGAAGGGUGAUGGGCCAGAGUCUCUCAACGUGGAGAAACCUGCUUGGGUCCCAACUAUUAGUACUGCUUUAAGUCCACAUCUUCCCUCGGCAGCAGGCAAUCAUGUUGGCUUCAUAACUGGCACAGCGACAGAACGAACACCGUCACUCAUUCAACCCAAGCAGGAGCCGCGCUCUCCACGGAAAUCCGGACAUCCUCAUUCUCCUUUUGCCAAAGUGUCAUCUCCUAUUGGCUCUUCAUCUCCGAAAGGUGUGUCUAUGGUCCUUCCCCCUGGAUUGACCCCUCUGUCCCAGUUUGUUUCCACGGUCCACCACUCGGAGCAGUCUGUGAUCAUGCCUCCACACAACACUCACGGUAGCAUUGGAAGGAUGUCGCCACACCGCGUCGGCGCAUUAGGACACCUCACCCAGGGUGAGGUACGAGUGAACACUCCUCCCCUCUCCAUGAUGAACUAUGGGAUUCACUCUGAGAGCCUCGCCUCCUCUUGGGCUCCUGGCCAGCAGCGACCCACAUCUCCUCAGACCGUGGGAAACAGGGAGAUGGUCCUCAAGGUGAACCCAGCCAAUGCAAGACCGCCGGCUGCUCAACUCAAACCAGACUCCAUACCAGCAGAAUAUCGUGGAGCUCUCCACAGCGGUUUACCUCUCGAUCGAUUCAACAGAGACAUGCGAGUGCUCAUGCACCACCAGCAGAGCGAUCGCCCCGCUGCGGAGUUACACCAGGGGCACGUCACUGAGAACAUACCGCGCUCCUCGACUCCUACCAGCAUGGCGGCGUCUCUUUCUCCUCGGCCACACUUGUUAGCAAAGGGAGUAUCUGAGAAGGACUCCUCAAAAUCAUCAGAACUAAAGAGGGCGCAGUCACCUUCCAGUAAGGAGGGAAUGAUGGCGAUCCGUAGUGCAAUGCCUCCCAUGGCUUCUCCUCAAAGAGUUCAGCUGAUUCCAGCAGGAUCUGGGGCUUCCUUCACUGAAUAUUCAACCAUGUAUACAAACCUCCGGCCUGCCCACGCUCAGUUUGCUGAGAAUUCCCCAAUGGGGAUUAACCAGUCCACACAUAGCAUCCCACCGUCGCAGGGUGUUCAAGAGCCGGAGUCCAGUCAGGCACAAGCCGAGUCUAAGGUGGAGCUGGUUGGACACCAGCCUGUGAACAUGGUGCAGCUUCUGACGAAAUACCCUAUUGUGUGGCAAGGCCUGCUGGCGCUGAAGAACGACACGGCAGCGGUUCAGCUGCACUUCUUAUGUGGAAACAAGGCUCUGGGCCUGCGCUCUUUACCUCUGCCGGAGAGUGGAGGGAUUCUGCGCAUCGUUCAGAGGAUGAGGCUGGAGGCCCAGCAGCUGGAGGGAGUCGCUCGCAGAAUGACGGGGGAAAGUGAUUUCUGCCUGCUGCUGGCCAUGCCGUGCGGUCUGGACCAGGAGGACGUGUUAAACCAGACGCAGGCGCUCAAAUCUGCCUUCAUCAAUUACCUGCAGGCUAAACUAGCGGCCGGCAUCAUCAACGUCCCCAACCCCGGCUCCAACCAGCCUGCGUACGUGCUGCAGAUCUUCCCUCCGUGCGAGUUCUCCGAGAGCCACCUGUCGCGCCUGGCUCCGGACCUCCUCAGCCAGAUCUCCAGCAUCUCUCCGCACCUCAUGAUCGUCAUCACCUCCGUCUGAUCCUGUGUCUGCGGUGUUUGUAUUUAUUCAUCCGUUUCAUUCUUCUUCAUGGAAACGCAAACAACAUGUCUGGAGGGGUAGGCGACGUUCUCUCCUCGUUUGCUGAUCUUGAGUCUAUUUUUUGAUGAGCGAAUCAUAGAAGUUAUUGUAAGAGGAAUGUGUGUUUUUAGCGAGUGGCGUGGAUCGAUUGGACGCCGGAGAUCGCUCCCAUCGACCGGCAGCAGGCAAACAGGAUCAUGGAGCUUCUGCUCUGCCGGACUGUAAAUAUUUUAAAUAUUUAAACCGUAGGCCAGAUGACCCAAACCCGCCUUCCGCUGCGGACCCAACUCAAAUCAGUAGAGAUCCAGCUGUGUUUGUGAUGUAAAUACUCCGGAGACACUUCGCUGGGUUUGAUGUGGCCACUUCAAAUUUUCUUACUCAAAUAAUAAAAAAAAAAAGUCCAUAUAACUUUGUCACUCUCUUUCAUUUAAGCCUUUAUUCAGGAGAAGUUACAAACAAGUGGAUUACACUGAAAAAAAAAGAUUUUCUUAGUGUUUU